UGCAGAUAUCAGGGACUGGAUUUGAAGAGGAAAAGGGGCCAGGGAGGGCGCCAGCGUCAGCCGUCUGUUCAAACAUAUAAAUCCAGGAGGUUGCUUCUUUCAAGGACAAUUUUGAAAGGAGCAAGCGGGGUUGUCUGAAAGUUAGCAGCCAUGGCUGAGCAUUUGGCUUCCAUCUUCGGGACAGAGAAGGAUCGCGUCAAUUGCCCUUUCUACUUCAAGAUCGGGGCGUGCCGGCAUGGAGACCGGUGUUCAAGGCUGCAUAACAAGCCCACAGCCAGUCAGACACUGCUUCUCUCCAACAUGUAUCAAAGUCCUGAAGCAGCUUACCAAGCGAACGGAGGAAUCGGGCCUGACGGAAGGCCCCUACCACAGCUGGAUCCAAGGAGGCUACAGGAGCAUUACGAGGAUUUCUAUGAGGACAUCUUCUACGAGCUGGGCAAAUUUGGGGAGAUAGACAAUCUGGUUGUCUGUGCAAACAUGGCAGAUCAUAUGGUUGGCAACGUGUAUGUGAAGUUCAAGGAGGAGGAGCAGGCGGCUGCUGCUUUGGCUGCCCUUUCUGGCCGCUUCUAUGGAGGACGCCCUAUCCUUGUCGACUUCUCCCCUGUCACAGACUUCCGUGAGGCCACCUGCCGGCAGCACGAGGAGACUGUGUGCAACCGCGGCACCUACUGCAACUUCAUGCACGUCAGGAAGAUCAGCAGAGAACUGAGGAAGAAGCUGUUUGGCAGCUAUGAGAGGAGGCGCAGUCCAAGCCCUGUUGGACGGCGUGGCGGCUCUGACCGAUACGACGAUCGCCGAGGCCGCGGCGGGGGCGGCGGCGGCGGGGGCGGGGGUUACGACCGAUACGACGAUCGUCGAGGAUACGGCGGUCGGGGGGGUGGCCGCGGGUAUGACGACCGGCGGGGGGGUUACGAUGACAGGCGUGGUGGCGGUGGGGGGUAUGAUCGCAGAGAUGACAGGGGCCCCCCGCGAAGAGAGAGGGAGAGGAGCAUUAGCCCGGUUCGGCGGAGAUCACCCAGCCCUGUGCGUGAAGGAAGCGCGGAGCGUAGGGCCAAGAUUGAGCAGUGGAAUAGGGAGAGGGAGGAGAGGGAUGCAGCGGCGGCGGGGGGUGCUCCGAAGACUGAGGGGGCGCCGGGGACGCAGUAGAGGGGAUCCCCUGGUUCGUGGACUGCGGGCCUUUUCUCUGUUCUUUUGCAGAUGUCUCGCGGAGCGCUUAAGAGGAUGACGAAGGCACAUGAUUCUGUCAAUGAGUCUUGAUAGUGGAGAAUUGCAGAUGACUAGGGCGACAUGCACAGGGUCUUGCUUGUUCAGGUUGCAGGGAGUUGCAGUUACUUGCCAUGCAGGUCUGCAGGAUAAGUGUACGAGAAUUCACUAUCAGGGCCUUUCCAGCCACCGUCAUUGCAGGUCUGCAGCUUAAAGAGAUCAAGGAGUUAGCUCUUCCGCCUUCUAAUCCAAGUACAUAGGUCUGCUCCACUUUCAGAACAUGUUGAAUUUUUUUUUCAGCUUGCACGGCUUCGACUCUUGUUGCUGUUUCUGCAUCGUAGGCUAGGGACAGGUGUUGACCCAACGUUGCUCUGCAGGUGGUCAGUUUGAGCAGGGCGCAGGAGGAGGCGCAGGUGCACAGGUGGACUAGCAAGUGGCUGACGGUUUGGUUAGCGUGCAGGGAUUGCACUGCAGGGAAAGUUGGAAGGGUUGCCUUAUGCAUGCAGGUUGCAGGUAGUAAGGGCACACGUGCAACUGCGAGUCGCUUGUCAGAAGAGUGCAAGGUAUCUUGUGGAUCUGCGUCUAAGAUUGUCCCAGCUUGAUUCGUGCAUCAGACCAAGAACUCUCAAGCAAUGCUAGAGCACUUGGCUUUUCUUGUCCAAAACGUUUGUUGCUGCAUUAUCCGGGUGUAAUGGCUGAGCAUAAUUAGUGACCAGAGUCUGGCUUCUUCUUUUAAUGCUGCAACGGUGUUGCAUCGGGUGAUGCAUCUAGAUGGAGUGUGGUGUCUUCAAUGCAUAAAGGGUUCAUUGUUGCAGCUGGAUCUAACAGCGGAGUGCAAGAAUUUUACAAAAGUAUAGUAGGAG